AUGUCUUAUAGCGAAGAGAGAGAUAUUCUCACAGCUCUUAGUCAAGAUGCCUCAAUGCCCAUUGCGAUCGUGGGUAUCUCCGGCAGGUUUCCCGGAGAUGCCACCACGCCGAGCAAACUUUGGGAUUUGGUAACUGCGAAGAAGAGCGCGCGAACCGAUGUUCCAGAGAACCGAUAUAACAUAGAUGCCUUUUAUCACCCUAGCGCGGAUCAUCAGGGCAGCACAAGCGCGAGGAGUGGUCACUUUUUGAAGGACGAUGUUGCGGCAUUCGAUGCCCCUUUCUUUAGGAUAACGGCGCAAGAAGCCCAUGCCAUGGACCCUCAACAAAGGAUGGCAUUGGAGCUUGCUUACGAAGCCUUAGAAUCUGCUGGCGCCAGAAUCGAAGAUAUCUCCGGGUCAGCAAUGGGCUGUUACAUGGCCUGCUGUGUUAGAGACUAUGCUGCAAUACGUGCUAUUGACCCAGACGACUACCCUCGAUAUGAAGCCAAUGGUAGCAUGGGUACUGCUAUGAUUGCCAAUAGGAUAUCUUGGUAUUUUGAUAUUAAGGGACCGAGUAUCAGUUUAGAUACUGCCUGUUCAUCGUCUCUGGUAGCCCUACACUUAGCUUGUCAGAGCAUCCGUACUGGGGAGACUAAAGCAGCUCUUGUCGGUGCCACAAAUUUGAUAUUAAUGCCGCAUACAUCAAAUCACUUAAGUACCUUAAGCUUUUUAAGCCCAGACGGAAAGUCAAUGGCAUUUGAUCAUAGGGCAAAUGGAUAUUCUCGAGGAGAGGGUGUCUCUGUUAUAGUGGUAAAAUCUCUAGCCGACGCACUUAGAGAUCGUGAUGUUAUUCGUGCGGUUAUCAGGGGUACAUCGGUAACACAAGAUGGAAGAACACCAGGAAUUAAUCUGCCCUCGUCCGAGGCCCAAGAAGCAUUAAUAAGAGCAGCUUAUGCUAAUGCUGGAUUAAGCCCUGCACAUACAGGUUUCUUUGAAGCUCAUGGGCCAGGUACACCGGCUGGCGACCCGUUAGAAGCAUCUGCAAUUGGAGCCGUAUUCGGGAAAACUCGAAGACCGGACGAUCCAUUAUACAUCGGCUCUGUUAAGUCCAACAUCGGACAUCUAGAGGCAGGCGCUGGUAUAGCCGGUCUCGUGAAAUCGAUAUAUGCACUCGAAAAGGGGCAAGUACCUCCAAAUAUCUGGUUUGAGAAAGCGAACCCUAAACUUGACUUGGAGAAAUGGGGAUUAGCCGUACCUACCGAACUCCUUCCAUGGCCUACAGACGGGUUGCGCAGGGCUAGUAUUAACUCAUUUGGGUAUGGUGGGACGAAUGCUCACUGUAUCUUGGAUGAUGCUUAUCACUACCUCCAGGAUCGCGGUCUAGCCGGAAGACAUAACACUGCCACGACGGUACCGGGUCGCAGAAUUGAACAUUGUGUCAGCGCACUGAUGUCGCCGAUAACCGACACUUCCUUCCUUAGCUCGGAUGGCGGCUCCGACAACGCCAGUGUAAACGGAAGAGGCUCUUCAGUUUCAGAGUUCACCGACUUCGAAGACAGUCCUGCCACUCCUCAACUACUAGUCUGGUCUUCGCACGAACAGAGCGGGAUCGGCCGAACCGCAGCGAGCCUCCAGUCCUACCUAAAAGAACAGCCGAAGUCGCCGGUAUACGAAAUGACGUUCUUAAGACGACUGGCAUACACACUGUCUAGCCGACGUAGCAAACUCUCAUGGUCGUCGUUCGUCGUAGCGUCCAGCGUCGAUGAAGCGAUAAAAGCCCUCGAUAUCGCGAAUAAGCCGUUACGACCGACUCAGAAUCUUUCGGCAGUAUUCGUGUUCACGGGACAAGGCGCGCAAUGGUUUGGGAUGGGUCGUGAACUUCGCGCGUACAGGUCCUAUAACACCAGUUUAAUAGAGGCGACAGCUCAUCUCAAGUCACUAGGGUGCGAGUGGGAUCUAUUGGAAGAGCUCGGCGCUUCAGAAGCCGAGUCGCGUAUCAAUGAGCCUCAGAUCAGCCAACCUGCGUGCACUGCGAUCCAAGUCGCGUUAGUUGAUCUCCUCAAGGAGUGGGGAAUAGUCCCAUCUGUCACAGUCGGUCACUCAAGUGGUGAAAUAGGGGCCGCCUACGCCAAGGGAGCCAUUUCGCGUCGGUCGGCGUGGACAAUCGCAUAUCAUAGAGGACGCUUAUCGGCCGGUUUAUCAGCACCAGGAGCUAUGCUUGCCGCUGCAAUGGGUGAAGCUGAUGCGCAGACUUAUAUCGACAAGGUCACCACAACUCCGAAGCUAGUGGUUGCAUGCAUAAAUAGCCCUAUCAGUGUUACGAUAUCCGGUAGCGUGGAUGCCAUCGAUGAGGUUCAAAAGUUAAUAGGUACUCAGGCUUGGUGCAGAAAGCUCCUCGUAAAGACGGCAUACCACAGCCCCUUCAUGCAGGAGCUCGCUGAGCCGUACCUCCAGUCCCUCGAAGGCAUCCAGACAGACCCAAGCACGGCCACGAGAGUUCGCAUGUUUUCAUCCGUCACAGGACAAGAAAUUAGCGAUGAAGAGUUGAGAUCGCCUCAAUACUGGGUAGAUAACAUGGUUUGCUCGGUCAAGUUCAAUCAUGCGGUGAGGGCAAUCUUGAACACCCCAGAAUUCGCUGAUAAAUCCAUCGUGAUGGUGGAGGUUGGGCCUCAUGGCGCGUUACAAGGCCCGAUUAAGCAGAUCUUGCAAGCGCAAGAAAAGAAGUUGGACGUCCAUGCGCUCGGUCUCUUAACAAGAAAGCAAGACGCGAUCCAAACCACACUUACUGCCGUUGGAUCUCUCUACCAAAGAGGAUUUUCGGUUGACGUCGCUAAGGCAAAUCACCUCGAUCCCACAGAGGAGCUCCCUACCCACUUGGUAGAUCUACCGCCGUUUGCAUGGAACCACAACUCGAAGUAUUGGUAUGAGACAGCCUUAUCAGCAGCCUACCGGAACCGAAAAUUGCCCAAGCACGAUCUUCUCGGUGUGAGAUACGAAUUCUCCGACGACAACGAGCCGUGUUGGCGCAAUUAUCUUCGGCUCUCAGAGGUACCCUGGCUUAGGCAUUACAUGGUCCAGAACAAGCCGAUCCUGUCCUUUUCGGGUGUACUGGCCAUGGUGAUUGAGGCUGUUCGCCAGACUUCCGAACCUUCCAAGACGAUAGAAGCUUUCCAGCUACGGGAUGUAUUCCCUGGUGCGCCCCUGUUUCUUAGUGAUGCCGAAGACAGCCCUGUUGAGACCAAGCUGCAGCUACGUCCUUGGCGGUUGGCCUCGAGGUCGUUGACAACAUAUUGGAAAGAGUUCACUCUGUUCAGCCGUAGUCGUCAAGGCGACUGGACACAGCACAGUACAGGUCUUAUCAAGUUGAAGUAUGCCGCGGAAGAGAAACCUUCAGGUUUUACCGACGAAGAGGCCUCAAUAGCCAAUGCUUAUCGCUCCGAGUACUCGCGUAUAGCAGGCCUGCCAUUGGAAGACCGUAGCACGGCAAACUUUUAUGAGAAGUUCGCUAAGCUCGGAAUGCAAUGGGGCCCCGCAUAUCAAACGUUAGUAGACUCACGGGCUGCGGGUACCACAAUUUGCAGCACACUAGAGAUUCCCGAUACGAAGUCGUUAAUGCCAAAGAAUAUCGAGUCCCAGCACAUUGUUCAUCCAGCAACACUCGACAGUGCAUUCCAGAUGUUGAUGUCCUGCGAUGGAGUAGCCAAGCCCACGGUUGCGAAGUAUAUUGAAAGAAUACAGAUCUCGGCCAAGCUGCCUACUCUGGAAGGCACUCGUCUUAAGGGAUUCGCUGAUAUCAAGGAAAGACGUUUUGAUGGAACUAACGGCACAGUUGUGAUCUCCGAUGAGAAGUGGGAAGAACCUUUAAUCAUCUUCGAAGGUUUAAAGUCAACAGACUUUGUGACGGAGAUAGAUUCCACCGAUGACGCAGAUGCUCAGAUCAAGGCCCUUAAGAAACUGGGGGCCUAUCCAACAUGGGACAUUGACGUGGAAAAUUCGAGCGAUGCGACCGUGGAACUCCUCAAGAAAACUUGCGCCAGCGCGCCCCAGACAGACUACUCAGUAGUCUAUGAUCUCGAAUGGGCAGCUUUCAUCGUGUCGAAGAGAACAACCCAGCGUUUUAGCGCGGAAGAUGCCGAAAAUAUGGCACCUCAUUAUCAGACUUACUAUAAUUACAUGAAGAGACAAUGCGAACUCGCCGAGGCAGGAAAAUUGCCCUGCCAGUCUCCCGAAUGGGGAUCCGCAAGCGAAACUGUCGAAAAUGAGGUGCUUGCCCGAGUGUCUAAAGCGAGUCUUGAAGGGGAGAUGAUGUGUCGCAUCAAUGAUAAUAUGUCUAGCAUGCUUCUAGGCGAGGUAGAAGCAUGGGAGGUGAUGAGCCGCGAUAAUCUGCUUAAUAAUAUGUACCGCUACGGUCUCUCCGAUGAACGUACACCGGCGAUACAGUGCGAGUAUAUCAAGCGGUUGUCACACAAGAGGCCUUUGCGCAUCCUUGAAGUCGGCGCAGGUACAGGAAGUGCCACGAGUCGGAUUCUCUCCAGUCUUGGACCAAAUGUCGCGGGACGAUUGCAGAAGUACACGUAUACCGACAUUAGCGGUGUCUUCUUCGAAGCGGCUAGCGAAGAGUUCAAAGAAUAUGGCUCCAUGAUGGAGUUCAAGGUCCUAGAUAUUGAAAAAGAACCUGCGCAACAGGGGCUGGAGGAAGGAUCCUACGAUCUUGUUGUGGCUUUCCAAGUCCUUCACGCUACUUCGUCUAUUGGCGCGACCUUGGCAAAUUGUAGGAAGCUACUAAAGCCGGGCGGACAUCUCAUCGUUACAGAACUAACAAACAAGAUCGCGAGACGAUCGGUGGUGUUCGGAGUUCUCUCUGGCUGGUGGCUAGGUGAUAACGACGGUCGACAAUGGGGUCCGGAACUCUCCGAGGGGGAAUGGGACACUCGUUUACGUGCACAAGGAUUCGCUGGUGUCGAUUGGUGUUUCCGAGAUCGCGAGGAUGCUGGCCAUUCGUCGUCUAUCAUGGCAUCAAGCGUCCCUUACGACUCUAAAGAUGAGUUGCCGAACAAGGUGGUGAUCGUUACAUCGUCGGCGGAAAGAAGUCAGCCAAAGUCGAUCGUGUAUGAACUCUCAAGCAGGCUCGCAGCAAAUGGAAGUUUUGUCAAACAGACAUCGCUGCUCGACAUUGCCAAAGCCGAUUUGACCGGAACGCGGUGUAUCGCAACAUUCGAACUCGAGAAGCCAUUACUAAGCUCAAUUAAACCUGACGAAUAUGAUGCCCUAAAGCAUAUGGUCCUCCAUUCCGAAGGCACCCUGUGGCUAACUAGGGGCGGUACAUCCAUCGAUACGCGGGACCCAGAGCUCAACAUGAUCGCAGGAUUCGCACGAACAAUCCGUGGCGAAGCUCCAGAAGUCAAGUUUACGACAUUAGAUCUCGACCCAGACGUCCCUUGCGAUCAACCGGAAGUGACCGAGACGAUAUUGAAGGUACUUCGCCUACAAACCGAGGAGCACAAUACCGAUCACGAGUUUGCCGAGAGAAACGGGGCUCUUAAUGUCCUACGCAUAAGCCCCGAUGAGACCCUCAGCAGGAUAUUGAGCCCGGAUGAAUUUCGCGAGGAUCGAUUAACGAUGCAGCCAAUUAAGCAGCCCGGCCGACCGCUGAUACUUGAUCUAAAGGCGACAGGAGAACUCGACAGCUUCUACUUCAAUGAUGACGAUGACUACUCCAGGCCCUUAGGCGAUCUAGAAGUGGAGAUCGAGGUCAAGGCUGUCGGAUUAGACCAUUAUGAUAUGGCCGUUGUAUUAGGUCAACUCUGGGAUCCCAACCUGGGUGUUGAAUGCAGUGGUGUCGUAACCAGAAUGGGUAAAUAUGUUACCGAAUUCAGCGUAGGGGAUCGAGUGGCGACAUGCGCAUUGGGCUGGUACAAGACGUUCAUCCGAAACACGCAAGACAUGUUCCAAAGGCUUCCGAACACGAUGUCCUUCGAGGAGGGUGCAUCUAUGAUGAUCUCGUACGGGACUGCGGUCUACAGCAUAUUUAAUGUUGCCAGACUUCAAGCAGGAGAGACAGUCCUAAUCCACUCGGCAUCGGACUGCCUAGGUCAAGCCGCCAUCAAUGCAGCCCAAUAUGUUGGCGCCGAAAUCAUUGCUACAGUCUCUUCGGAAGCAGAAAAGCAAUAUCUUGUCGAAAACUACCGUAUCCCUGGAGACCACAUCUUCAGUAACAAAGAUAACGGUUUCGUACAAGGGAUUAAGCGGAUAACCAACGGCCUAGGCGUUCAGGUGAUUUUAAAUUCGUUGACUGGUGAGCUACUAAGAGAAACUUGGCAUUGCAUUGCGCCAUUCGGCCGAUUCAUCGAACUUGGAAUGAAAGACAUCCGGAGCAACACGGGUCUAGAUAUGGUGCCUUUCGCAAACAACGCGAUCUUCGCUGGUGUGAAUCUCUUAACGAUGUACCGAACGAACCGCCCAUUAUUCAGCACAGUAAUGGCUGGUGUCUUCCGAUAUUAUAAGGAAGGCGUCAUCAAGCUCGUAAAGCCGUUGCACGUUUUCAAGUUCUCGGAGGUUUCAGAGGCAUUCAGGAUGUUGCAAGCAAGGAAACACGGAGGAAAAGUCGUUCUUCGAGUUGUCGAUGACGAUAAAGUGCCGACGACUCUUCCAAAGCCGGUCCAAAUUCAACUACGUCCCGAUGCCACCUACAUCAUUCCAGGUGGGAUGGGUGGUCUCGGCCGGUCGCUGAUGAGGUGGAUGGCUGCGAAAGGAGCCCGCAAUUUAGUCGCUACGUCCCGAUCCGGCGCCAAGGACCCACGAGCACAGCAAUUACUCAAAGAUCUCUCUGAGCUCGGCGUGAAAGUUAAAGCAUUUGCGGCGGACGUUGGAAACGUAGAGCAAUGUCAAAAAGUCCUCAAAGAGAUAGCAAAAGUAGGAUUCCCACCGAUACGCGGUGCAGUAAUCAUGGCUAUGAAUGUCCAGGAUUCGAUGUUCGAGACUAUGGGAUUCGACGCCUGGUGGGCUGCACUACAACCAAAGUACAAGGUGACGUGGAAUAUGCACGAUAUGUUGCCUAAGGACCUCGAUUUCUUUAUAACUAUGUCGUCGGCGGCGGGCCAGAUUGGUUCGAUAGCGCAGAGUAACUACAAUGCUGGCAAUACAUAUCAAGAUGCUGUGGUGCAUUACCGUCGGGCCCAAGGCUUGAAGGCAACAAGCAUCGAUCUUGGCUGGAUGGGAGAAAUUGGAUUCGUAUCUGAGCAAGGGAAAGUGCCAGAAAUCGUGCGUGCUGGUGCGCCUCAACUUACGGCGAAGCAAUUCCUUGCAGUCAUGGAAGCCGCUAUGGCAGAUCAGGUUAAAGCGCAACCGGUGCUUGGUCUUGCUAGUGGCGGCCUGGUUAGGGCCAACGGUGACGAUGAUCCGUACUGGUUCUCGGAUGCGCGCUUCAAUCCGCUGAGUGUGUACGAUACGCAGAUACAAAAUACUGCCGGUUCGAAAGACCGGGUAAAGAGUACGGCGGCAGCAGAUUUCGCAAGUAUAUUAGGGGCUGCGGCGAGCUCGGACGACGCGAGGGGUGUUGUUUGCUCGGCCUUAAUGGGAAAGCUCGCGAAGAGCUUGAUGAUGGAGCUUGAGGACCUCGACAGUGCCCGGCCGAUAAACACAUACGGAGUGGACAGCCUUGUCGCUGUUGAUAUAAGGGCAUGGGCAUUGAAGGAGUUACAAAGUGUAGUCCAUGUUUCUGAGAUUUUGCGCAAUGUUCCAAUGGUGGAGUUGGCUGGCCUCAUUGCGUCGAAGUCGAAGCUUUUACCGGACACACUGCGGGGCGGUCCAUCUGCAUAA